AUAACGGUCUUUCAUUUUUAGGAAAGCAGGCUUUCUACACUGUCUUUAAUCUCAUUAUGUCUUGGAAACUUGGCAGGAGCAAGAAGUCUUCAGUCUCCAAUCUGUUGACUGAAGACGUCAAUGCUCGUUCCGUCACCCCCACUCCCGGAAAUCCCGACGGCAUUCCCAGUUCAAGGUCUGGCCUUCUUGCUAUCCGCGUUCUAUGGGCAGAAGGUUUCGCUUUGCCUGCUGGCACUGCUACUCCCGCAGCAGUCCAAAAGGCAUUGUCAUCCCAGCAAGCGAAAGUUGCUUCAUCCGUUUCCCCCUCCAGUGUGCAACAAUCGAGACUUGCCAAGACCCGAGGGAAUCGGGAUAGCAUCCAGAGAACUCAAUGUUGGUGGCUUCCUUACCUCGUAAUGGAGUACGAAGUAAACCAAGUUCUCAUCAUACCCCUCGGUGGCGACCUCGAGAAACCAGUUUACAUGUAUCAAGUUCAUUUUGAUGUAUCUCGAAAUGCCGAAUUAUCCUUACAAUGCUAUCUCCGAGCCGAUGAGCCCAAACGUGGCAUUGACGGUAUAGCUGACGAUCUUGGAAAUGAUAUAUUUAUGGGAGGAAUUAAAUUUGUCCCGGACUUUGAGAAUAUGGGCACUCAGGACCAGUGGUAUGACAUCGUUGGCGGCACGGGCAAGAUUCAAAUUGGCGUCGCUUAUCAGCCCACUUAUGGAGGAUCUCUGACCGUUGACGAUUUCGAACUUAUCACCGUCAUUGGAAAAGGCAGCUUUGGCAAAGUAAUGCAAGUCCGAAAGCGAGAUACGUCACGUAUCUAUGCCCUCAAGACCAUCCGGAAGGCACACAUUGUUCAUCGAAACGAGAUAACACACACUCUCGCGGAACGACUUGUUCUCACUCAAGUGAACAGCCCAUUCAUCGUGCCUCUCAAGUUUAGCUUCCAAUCCGAACAAAAGCUUUAUUUGGUGCUCGCAUUUGUAAAUGGGGGAGAACUCUUCCAUCAUCUCCAGAGGGAACAGCGGUUCAAUGAAGAACGUUCUCGAUUCUACAGCGCCGAACUUUUGCUUGCUUUGGAGCAUCUCCAUGAGCUGGACGUCGUUUACAGGGACCUCAAACCGGAGAACAUUCUUCUGGAUUUCACAGGACAUAUUGCUCUAUGCGACUUCGGGCUUUGUAAACUCAACAUGAAGGCUAACGACAAGACAAACACGUUCUGUGGAACUCCAGAAUAUCUUGCACCAGAGAUCCUGAACGGUCAUGGGUACAAUAAGACGAUUGAUUGGUGGACACUGGGUGUUCUGCUCUACGAGAUGAUGUCCGGCCUUCCUCCCUUCUACGACGAGGUGACGGACAAAAUGUACGAAAAGAUUCUCCGAGACCCGCUUGUGUUCGGUCCAGAAAUCGGUGACGAAGCUAAGAGUAUCCUAACCAGCCUUCUGAACCGCGACCCUACUCAGCGACUGGGUGUUAACGGUGCGGAUGAAAUCAAGAAGCAUCCGUUUUUCCACAACCACAUCGAUUUCAAGAAAUUGGCUGAGAAGAAGAUUCAUCCCCCGUUCAAACCCAGUGUCACCAGUCCAGUGGAUGUUUCCAAUUUCGACACGGUCUUCACAACGGAAGCUCCUGUGGACAGUGUUGUAGAAGAUUCCAAUCUAAGUCAGACUGUUCAAGAUCAGUUCUCAGGUUUCUCUUACAACGGCACUAAUAUGCCUAUCAGCCCGGUCUGACAGCCAGUUAUUUACCCAUUUUAGAUUAUCAUAUACCUCGUUGAUCUGCUUACAUGCUCUGCGCUCUUGAUUUAUCUAUUGGCCUAUAUUAUAUUCCCUGUCCAUCAUUUGUACCUUAUGGCAUCUAGUCUUGCAUUGUCGUCACUCCCUGAUACCCUCGUUUGCUCCACUUACAUACAUUUACUGUUAAUUUAUAAAUCUAUUGUCAUUUGACCUUCACUAGGUUUUGGGGUGGAUAUAUCUCCUGCUAGUAUAGUCUAACACAGUACUCCCAUUCUGCCCACCGGUAACCGGU